CCGAGGAGGGAGAGACCAGAAAGACGCCAUUACACGUCAGUUUAUCUAUACAUGGGAUAAACGUGUAUCUUAUUCUUAGCAGGCUUCCUCCCUCCAAAGUCUUUUUAACUUUGAAGAAUAAAUGCUAAGAGCGAGUGCCAUUAAUCUUAAUCCUUCGCCUGCAACUUUUCUGAAUUCUUAAAUCUUAACCCCCAUCUCUCUCUCUUGAUGCUGCAACUCUGAUUACGAAGUAUUGGUCAGAAACAAAGAGCUAAAAGAGAAUACUUAUAUGUGAUGAUGCUUUUGAGGCGCAUUUGGAGAGGAAGGGCUGUGGUUUUGGGGGCAUGCAAUAGGAUGAACAGGGUUAACGGAAGGGACUCUGCGUUGGCGUUUGAAUCAAAGGAUCUUACUUUUCCUUCAAGUGUUUCUUCCCAUACUGUAUUAACAUCAUUUAGCAAUGUUAUACAGUUAAUGAGGCCAAAUGCGAUUUGCUUUUCAAACCUAGCUUGUGUAGAUCUUCCAGUAGGAGGAAUAGUUGAAGUACCACUGGCACAAACUGGUGAAGGUAUUGCAGAAUGUGAGCUCCUCCGUUGGUUUGUGCAUGAGGGUGAUCAAGUUGAGGAGUUUCAGCCUCUAUGUGAAGUUCAGAGUGACAAAGCUACCAUAGAGAUCACAAGUCGAUACAAGGGAAAAGUUUCCCAAAUCCGAUUCCUUCCUGGUGAUAUUGUUAAGGUUGGUGAGACCCUUCUGAACAUAAUUCUGAAUGAAACCCAGAAUGGGCCUCUGAGUUCAGCUGGAUCCAGUUCUACUGAGACUGAGGCAUUACUUGGGUCAACUUAUUCUGAUACAUUGGGGAACAAAGAGAUGGCUGACAGAGUCCCUUCUACUCCUUCUGUUCGCCAUCUUGCAAAGCAGUAUGGUCUUAAUAUCAAGGAUAUUACAGGUACUGGUCCAGGUGGCAGGGUGCUAAAAGAAGAUGUCCUUCGGUGUUGUCCUACCAAGGUGAUGCCUGAGGAUUCAAUGACUUCCUCAGAAGUAUCUUGUAUAGAAAAGCAUGAUACUAUGGAAAAGGAACAAGCAAUGGAACUGACUGGAGAACCUUAUCGGGAUAAGACCUUUUCCCUCAGGGGAUUCCAACGAGCAAUGGUUAGAACAAUGACCAUGGCAGCAAAGGUUCCACAUUUUCAUUAUAUGGAAGAGAUAAACUGUGAUGCAUUGAUAGAACUUAAAGUUGCUUUUCAGAAUGCAAGUAGUGAUAAUAAUGUCAAGCACACUUACUUGCCAUUCCUGGUGAAGUCCCUUUCGAUGGCACUGGAAAAGUAUCCCAUAUUGAAUAGCAUGUUUGAUGAGGUGUCCAAUGAGGUCACUUACAAAGGAUAUCACAAUGUGGGGAUCGCAAUGGCGACGCCCUUGGGUCUUGUUGUUCCAAAUGUAAAGAAGGUCCAAUUGCUUUCCAUUUUCGAGAUAACCAAGGAAUUGUCCAGAUUGCAACAACUGGCAUCAAGCAACAAGUUGAGCUCAGAUGAUGUUAGUGGUGGAACAAUAUCCUUAAGUAACAUUGGUGCAGUUGGAGGCAAGUUUGGAAAUCCACUCCUCAAUUUGCCAGAGGUUGCUAUAAUUGCUAUUGGUCGAAUCCAAAAGCUCCCCCGUUUUGCGGAUGAUGGGACAAUAUACCCUGCAUCCGUAGCUCUUGUGACAAUUGGAGCUGAUCACAGAGUGGUUGAUGGAGCAACGGUAGCAAGAUUUUGCAAUGAGUGGAAGCUCUUGAUCGAAAACCCAGAGGUUCUUCUGCUUCAUAUGCGAUGAGGCCUUCUCUUACCAGCAUACAUACUCGGUAACGAGUAGCACAAAAUGCAUGAUUCUCAUUCUUGACAUAUGUUCUAUGUGAAGAAAUAUGUUGUACGGGGAACGAAUAUUGUAAUGGAGUAGGGGGGGUUAAGACUUGUCUCUUGUUGUAUAUAUGAGACAAAGCUAUUGUUAUCUCACAGCUUUUCUUCAAUGUAGACCAACUGAUCUUCUAUUUUAAGAAGAGGCUGUAGCUCUAAAUGGAAUGUGUAAUUUUGAA